AUCUCAACUGUCAAAAUGGAGCUUGACAUCCAGUGUGAGGAGAUGAGCCCAUCUAGGUGGGCUGAACUUGUGUCCACAAUGAAAUCCUGCAAAACCAUCAGGCUGGAUGACUGCAAUCUCUCCAGCAGUAACUGUGAGGAUCUCUCCUCCAUCAUCCAUACGAAUCCUGCCCUCACGGAGCUGAAGCUGAACAACAACGAACUGGGAGAUGCAGGCAUUGAACACCUGUGUAGAGGCUUGCUGAUGCCAAGCUGUAGCCUACAGAAGUUAUGGCUGCAGAACUGCAAUCUGACGAGUGCCAGCUGUGAGACUCUCCGCUCCGUCCUCAGUGCACAGCCAUCCCUGACGGAGCUGCAUGUCGGUGACAACAAACUGGGAACUGCUGGAGUGAAGGUGCUGUGUCAAGGGAUGAUGAACCCCAACUGUAAGCUGCAGAAGCUGCAGCUGGAGUAUUGCGAGCUCACAGCUGAUAUUGUGGAAGCUCUCAAUGCUGCUCUGCAAAGCAAGCCCACCCUGAAGGAGCUCAGCCUGAGUAACAACACGCUGGGAGAUACAGCUGUGAAGCAGCUGUGCCGGGGACUGGUGGAGGCAAGCUGCAACCUAGAGUUACUACACCUGGAGAACUGUGGCAUAACCAGCGAUAGCUGUCGGGAGAUCAGUGCUGUUCUCAGUAGCAAGUCGUCGCUAGUAGAUCUCUCCGUUGGGGAUAACAAGAUCGGGGACUCCGGUCUGGCUCUGCUGUGCCAAGGGCUGAUGCAUCCUAACUGCAAAAUCCAGAAGCUCUGGUUAUGGGACUGUGAUCUCACAACUGCUAGCUGUAAAGAUCUCUCCAGACUCAUCAGCACAAAAGAGACCCUCACAGAGAUAAGUCUGAUAGACAAUAACCUGAGAGACUCAGGGAUGGAAAUGCUGUGUCAAGCACUCAAGGAUCCCAAAUCUAAACUCCAGGAGCUAUGGAUUAGGGAGUGUGGGCUCACGACUGCUUGCUGCAAGGCUGUCAGCUCGACUUUGAGUGUGAACAAGCACUUGAAAGUACUGUACAUAGGCGAGAACAAGUUGGGAGAUGCAGGUGUUGAAGUCAUAUGUGAAGGGCUGCUGCACCCCAACUGCAACAUUCAGUCCCUAUGGCUGGGUAACUGCAAUCUCACGGCAGCCUGCUGUGCGACCCUCGCCACUGUCAUGACUACCAACCCGUGCCUUACCGAGCUGGACCUGAGCUACAACCAUCUGGGAGAUGAAGGCAUCAGGAAGCUCUGUGAAGCCUUGAGGAACCCCAGCUGCCACAUGAAGCAUUUAAUUUUGUACGACAUUUACUGGAGUUCUGAAGUGGAUGAUGAACUGAGAGCCCUGGAAGAGUCCAAGCCUGAAGUGAAGAUCAUUUCAUGA